CACAAGCAGAAGGUAGAGGCGUGAGACACUCACAGGCUGGGCCUGUGUGUAGGAGAGAGAGUGCGCAGCACACAGGGCACUGAGAACAAGAACAGAAAGGGCACCACGGGUGAGACAAGCCAUCGGUGGCACAACCGUCUCCCGGAACCAGGAUGGCACUUCCUAUGGGCAGGCGUGAGUAGCAGUGGAGACAGCACCAGACAUGUGGCUCUUCCUUGGGAUCGCUGGAUUGCUGACAGCAGUUCUCUCAGGUCUCCCAUCUCCAGCCCCCUCUGGCCAGCACAAAAAUGGCACCAUCCCGAACAUGACCUUGGACCUAGAGGAGCGGCUGGGGAUUCGCCUGGUGAACGGGAGCAGUCGCUGCAGCGGAUCUGUGAAGGUUCUACUGGAGUCCUGGGAGCCUGUGUGUGCGGCACACUGGAACAGGGCUGCUACGGAGGCUGUGUGCAAAGCGCUGAACUGUGGUGAUUCGGGAAAGGUUACCUACCUGAUGCCACCCACCUCUGAGCUUCCACCAGGAGCCACUUCUGGGAACACAAGCAGCGCCGGGAAUACGACGUGGGCGCGGGCACCAACUGAGAGAUGCAGGGGAGCCAAUUGGCAGUUCUGCAAGGUGCAGGACCAGGAGUGUAGCAGCGACAGGCGGCUGGUGUGGGUCACCUGUGCAGAGAACCAAGCAGUGCGGUUAGUGGAUGGUAGCAGCCGCUGUGCUGGCCGAGUGGAGAUGCUGGAGCAUGGUGAAUGGGGUACCGUGUGCGACGACACGUGGGACCUGCAGGAUGCACACGUAGUGUGUAAGCAACUGAAGUGCGGCUGGGCAGUGAAGGCGCUGGCCGGCUUGCACUUCACCCCAGGCCAAGGACCCAUCCACCGCGAUCAGGUGAACUGCUCUGGGACUGAGGCUUACCUGUGGGACUGCCCGGGACGGCCAGGAGACCAGUACUGUGGUCACAAGGAGGACGCAGGAGUGGUGUGCUCAGAGCACCAGUCCUGGCGCCUGACUGGAGGCAUUGACUCCUGCGAAGGGCAAGUGGAAGUGUACUUCCGGGGUGUCUGGAGCACGGUGUGUGACAGCGAGUGGUACCCAUCUGAGGCCAAAGUGCUCUGUCGGUCCUUGGGUUGCGGAUCAGCAGUGGCUCGGCCCAGGGGGCUGCCACACUCCCUGGACGGUAGAAUGUACUACUCCUGCAAAGGACAGGAGCCCGCCCUCAGCACCUGUUCCUGGCGGUUCAACAACUCCAACCUGUGCAGCCAGUCGCGGGCAGCCAGGGUUGUCUGCUCAGGCUCCCAGAGACAUCUCAAUCUGUCUACUUCUGAAGUGCCUUCCAGAGUUCCAGUCACGAUAGAAUCUUCUGUGCCGGUGAGCGUGAAGGAUAAGGACUCACAAGGGCUGACACUUCUCAUUCUCUGUAUUGUCCUGGGAAUUCUCCUCCUCGUCUCCACCAUCUUCAUAGUUAUUCUUCUCUUGAGAGCCAAAGGACAAUACGCCCUCCCUGCUUCAGUGAACCACCAGCAACUGUCUACUGCCAACCAAGCAGGGAUCAAUAACUACCAUCCUGUCCCUAUCACCAUUGCCAAAGAAGCUCCUAUGCUGUUCAUCCAGCCCCGGGUCCCUGCAGACUCGGACUCCAGUUCUGACUCCGACUAUGAGCACUAUGACUUCAGCUCCCAGCCACCUGUGGCCCUGACCACCUUCUACAAUUCCCAGCGACACCGGGUCACAGAGGAGGAAGCUCAGCAGAACAGGUUUCAGAUGCCACCCUUGGAGGAAGGACUUGAAGAGCUGCAUGUUUCCCACAUCCCAGCGGCUGACCCCAGACCCUGUGUGGCAGAUGUCCCCUCUCGGGGCUCUCAGUACCACGUGAGGAACAACAGUGAUUCCAGCACCUCCUCUGAGGAGGGCUACUGCAAUGAUCCCAGCAGCAAGCCACCUCCAUGGAAUUCCCAGGCGUUUUAUUCUGAGAAGAGUCCCCUCACAGAGCAGCCCCCCAACUUGGAACUGGCUGGCUCUCCGGCAGUGUUUUCAGGGCCCUCAGCCGAUGACAGCUCCAGCACCUCAUCCGGAGAGUGGUACCAGAACUUCCAGCCACCACCCCAGCAUCCUCCAGCAGAACAGUUUGAAUGUCCAGGACCCCCUGGCCCCCAAACAGACUCCAUUGAUGAUGAUGAGGAGGAUUACGAUGACAUCGGUGCAGCCUAGCCUGGGUCCCCGAGGCUCCUGGGUGGCCCCUCCCUCUGCUCUCUUGUUCUAGCCCCUAGCAGAGGUGGAAGGGUGGGCAUUCUCCCAGCCCCUCAUCCUCCACCCAUUGAUUAACCUGCAGGAGCCCGGAACAGAAGACAAAGCCAGUGGUGUGAGAGCUGAGUCCUGGGUUGAACAAACAGGGUCUGGCCACUUCUUGGGAGUGGUGAAGGGUCAUGCUGGGUGACCCUGAGGCCUUAUCUCACUCCGUGUCUGGCACUUUGAUCCUAAGCCUCAGGAAGCUGCUGAAGGGGCUGAGUAGCCCACCCACUGCUGAAAUACAGGCCCUGGGCCAGGGGCUGCCAUUAUCACCCAGGAAGUCAGCGAUGUCUCAAUACAACCUGGGGCCUCAAUCAAUCAGAGUAGCAGCCGCUUUAGCACGGGCAUGGCCUCCCUGGGCACUGUCACCUAAGAGUAACCAUGGCGAAUACAUGCUUGCUUCCAGAGGUCUCUGAGUCCACCACAGGCACUAGCUGGACUCCUUUCUCUAUCCCUAGACAAUUAUUCUAAUUCCUUGGGCUUUAUAAGAGCAUCCCUGCCCUGCCUGAGUCAGGGGAUCCACAGCCCCAUUGGGACAAGAAUGCAGGGACCUGUUCUGGAGGGCUAGAGGGCACCAAAAGCUCCGAGUCCCCACAGGUCCCCUUGGGUUGACAGGAACACUUUGGGAGAGUGUGGUUAUUGCAGCCAAGACCUUAAACAGGUCCUCCCCACAGCGUCAGAGAACUGGAGGGUCCCAGCCAGGCUACAGUGGCCUGUCCUGAGUUCCAGAGAUUAAACGAUUACUGAGUGAAAACU